AUGGAACCUAAUCUCAUUUAAUACGUACAUGAUCAAAAUAAUAUAAUGUUUUUGUCAUUUCCAGUGGAAUGUGGAAUGCAGUAAGAUUGAAUAACUUAAGAUAAUUUUUGCAGCUAUAUUCAAAUUCUAGUAUGAAAUGUCAGAUGGAAAAAAUUCGAAUUCUCUUUCAUUACCAUUAAUAAGAAGUUUAUCGCAAAAUCCAAAGUCCAACAGUUUAGAUGUUGAAAAUGUAAAAAAUCCUAAGUUAUUACAAUCUGCAGCUGAAGUCCCGCAAGGAACAACAUUAAAUCAACAUGUUUCACCAGAAAAGAAAAAUAAAAUAAGAUAUCUUUCAAAAGUCAGUUUAGCAGGACUAGUAUCAUCUGGAAUAACGCAUACACUUGUAACACCUUUGGAUAUAGUUAAAACACAAUUACAAGUAUAUCCAAACUUGUACAAAAAUUUAGCAACAGCUUUUAAAGAAAUUAGUACUGAAGUUGGAUCAGAAGGCAUAUACCGAGGAUGGAAACCAAUUUGUUUGGGAUAUUCGUUGCAUGGUUUUUUCCAACUUGGUCUAUACGAAUAUUAUAAAGAUAAAUAUUCAAAAUGGUAUUCGCCAAAACGUAGGGUAAAUGAUACGACGCCAGUCUCUAAUAGUAAAUUUAAAGUGGUAGCAUUGGCUGCAGCUACAUCUGAAAUUCUUGCAACAUUAAUACUAUGCCCAUUUGAAGCUAUAAAAGUUAAAUUUCAAACAAAUAAUAGUCUAAAACAUUAUAAUGAAGCAAAACAUAAUAUCUUAGCUUAUGAAGGAGCUGCUAGUGGCUUUUACAAAGGUGUACAUCUAAUGUGGCUGCGGCAAAUUCCAUAUUCAGUGAUAAAAUUAACCGCAUACGAUGGGUUAACGGAUUAUAUAUAUAGACAAUGGCUUGGUGUUUCCCAACAUAAUUGUGAUUCAUUCGUACAGAGCAUAAUAUCGUUUAGUGUGGGUUUUUUAUCGGGCGUGUUUGGAGCUGUUGUUACACAUCCAGCAGACACAUUCGUUGCAAGAUUGUACCAUAGUAAAUAUCCUGUAACGUCUAAACGACUCAUACUUGGUGGUAAUAAUGGGCAAAUAUUAUCUUUACUUGCACGUAUGUUAAUGUUGGGUACAGUAAACGGAUUACAAUUUUGGAUUUACAAUAAUUUUAAAAUUGCAAGAAAUAAGAACGUUGUAUUAGUUUAA